AUGGCCACAAUUCUUACAACUAGCAAUGUUCACAAUAUUCCUGCCGUUUGUCGCAUCCCGGAAAAGGGCACAGCCACUCUUGUCUCACCGGGGAUGCUUCUUACUUCCACGCAUGUCGUAGGAACAGCUGACGCGUGCGCUUCACUGACCGCCAUUUUCUUUGAGGGCACCAAGAAGAAACCUGUUGAAGUAAAAUUGCUACCGCAAAAGUACUUUUUUGCCGCAGCAUACCCCGAGUACAUGGACUACUGCUUGGUGGCCUGUGAGGAGGCUGGUCUUCUUAAUGUCGUACCCGUCACAAUACCCUUGACGAAAGAUCAAUGGGCCCCUGUGACUGAAGGGGAUAUCAUUUUGGUCGUGCAGCAUCCCGCAGAGAGCAGUGACUCGGGUAAGGCGGAUCCGGAAGUCGGGGACAUAGCGCCGGCUGCUGGUAGUGCAGAUCCUCCUUUAGUGAUGAAGAGGUUUGUUGAGGUGCUCCGUCACCGUGAUGACUUGUUUUACCUCAAAACGACCAGGGAUGUGCGAACUGCGGGUUGUCCAGCAUUUAAUGACCGCGGUCAGCUCAUUGGACUCCAGUCGCAAGUCCGCCAUCCACGCACUGGCAUCGUCAAUCAUGUGGUGUCCAUAACUGCCAUUGUUAAACACCUCUUUGCGAACAAACAAUUGUGGUCCAUCAAUCGGAACCAAACUUUUGAGGAAGUGUGGAAUACAUGGUACGUCAAGAAUGAUAUCACACGGAUUCUUUCCAUCACCGCGAACUUUAAGAGCCGUGCAAUUACUCGGGAAACCAUUCUGAAACUGUGUGAGCACGCGGCACAGCGGGAGAUUCUGAAUACACUUGUAAGAGAAGGUGGUGCACAAGCAAUUCUUAAUGCAUUGGAUAUCUUCAUUGAUGACGAGGAAGUGGUGUUUGCGUGCAUUAAAGCUCUGUGGAACAUUAGUUUCUCGGAAGAGUUGAUACGUCUGUGUCUCGGUGGAGGAAAGUCCCUUGGAAUGAUUCUUGAUGCUAUGGAAAAAUUCCCGAAGAAUGAACAGAUCGCAGAACAUGCUACCCUCUUCUUGCACAACAUCUGCUCGGGAAAUGACAAACUAGAUUUUGAAAGGGACGUCGAAGAGCGUGCCCUGACGUUGGUUCACUCAACGCUACGUACAUUUAAAGGAACAGUUAUGUUGCAGAAGUUCGGCUUCGCCUUUUUUAACUCCCUUAUAGCGACGAAUCUUCGCAAUGCUGAGAUACUUGUCGGCCAAGGCGUAAUUGCACACCUUGUGCGGUUGGCGCAGGAGAGAAAGGAUAACGUCCUUUUAAUGGAGGUUGUCAUGCGUUUCCUUGGUUUCAUAGCCCAAAACCCGAGGGCGGUGAACAUGUAUGUGACGUCGCGGGAUGUUGGCAUGGGUGGUGGAUCAAAAGGAGUUUCCGUCAUCACGGGUCUACUGGUUGAUAUUAUGCUCAAGCACAAAGAUGUGGAUCGUAUUCUUCUCGAUGGUAGCCAAGCUCUGUGGGGGUUUGGGAACGAUGUGGCAUGUCGGGCGGUCAUCUUGCAACAUCCGAGGGCAUUCGAAGCAUUGCGGAUUUCACUUCCUGCGGUGAUAUCACACUCAAAAGUUUUGUGA